AGUCAAACCCCCGCCAGCAACAACCAUACUCAACACAGCCUCAGACACCGCGUUCUAAAGCACAAAAGUAACUCACGCAGUACUGUACUACCUACCUACACAAGAAAGUUAGACAUCUGGUAGUUAGCCAUUUCCAACAAUGGCCCCGGAUAACCCCUCCACCACCUCCUCCAAUCCCGCUGGUUCAAAGCCGGUAUCCGUCCUCUUCGUUUGUCUCGGAAACAUCUGCCGCUCCCCCAUGGCCGAAGCCAUCUUUCGCCACCAAAUAACCUCCACCGCAGCAGCAACAGCCCCCUCCGCGCCGAAAUUCUCCACAAUCGACUCCGCCGGCACGGGCGCAUACCACGUCAACUCCCAGCCCGAUCCGCGCACCAUGUCCACCCUCCGCGACCACGGUAUCACUAGCUACACGCAUGCCGCGCGCAAGAUCCGCCGGGACGAUUUCUUCGCGUUCGAUUACAUAUUGGCGAUGGACGGGGACAAUUUGGACGACUUGAUGCAUGAGAGGGGCAGGGCUGUGGGUAGGGGUAAAGGUGGCAAGGGAGGUAAGGGAGAUGGGGAUGGGGAUGGGGAUGGGCACGUUGCGCAGGUAAGGCUUAUGGGUGACUUUCUGCCGGAUGGGAGUGUUGUGGAGAAAGUGGGUGGCGGGGAGGAGGUGGGGGAUCCGUAUUAUGGCGGUAAAGAAGGGUUUGAGGUUGUUUACAGGCAGCUUGUGAGGCUUUCGGGGGGUUUUAUGAAGUUUCUUGAGAGGCAGGGAGACGUGGAGAAUUGAUUGAUGGGGGCAGGGGGUUUCUAUUUCACUCUGGGGUGAGGUUGGGUCGUGUACCUUUGGUUUUGAUGGUCAGGCGAGAAGUAUCGAGACAGGUGCUUGAUCAGCUACAACUGGGGUACUGCAUUGCUAUGAUUAGUCCCACGGCGGGUUAUGGAGUUCGUUUCGGCGUUUAUUUUUCCGUAGUUGGUGUUUUUUUU